CCGACCCUACCCCUUUCAGUAGAAAAAACUAAAAAGCCCCCACCAAUUCCAUGAACAAGAAAUUAAGAUCAAGAAUGCAAACAACCUAAGAAUUUUUUUCACUUCUCAGAAGUAGACAUGCAACUAGAAACCUUUUUUUUUUUUGCUCAGAGACCGCCCAGAGAUCAAAUCUAUAUCCCACGAUCCCCAUUUUUUACAGAGAGAAUCUUCUGGUCUGUAGAAACAUUAUCAUAGCCAUCUCAAGAAGUUGAAAAAGAAAAAAGCAGGAAAAAACAAAAAACCAAGUGGCUGGCUAAUUUGGAUCAGCUUGUCUACACAGGAUAAUAUCUGAAGUAUAGAGUUCGGUACAGCUCAGAUUACUUAUCCAGGAUAAUUAAUAUCUAAGCUAUGCAGUUCAGUACAGUGGCUUUUAUAUAUAUAUAUAUAUACUACAGAAUAUACAAACACAUCUUUUUUUUUCUUUUGAUAUUUCCGGCAUGCAUUAAUGAAUUGCAGGUGAGUAUGUCAAAUUCAUAUACAGCUAACGACAAGCAAGGGUGUAGAGUUUGGUUGUGAGGUAUUAAUUGAAGAGUGGCCGGCAGGCCCCAGAUGAUCUUAACUUCGGAAGGAAUUUGUAAUUGUUUCGAUACACAGGUUGAAGAAGACGACCGAGCCCCAAUUCAAUGGAUGAGUUUUUGCCCACAAACUUGAAGAAGUGGUCACAGAAAUAUAUGGAAGGUUUGUUCAUGACUUCCAUGUGAUUCUGUGGAUAGCUAGACCUCCUCCAUUGAAGCAAUCAAGGAAGAAGAAGAAUAGCAAGAUCUAGGCAAGAACAUGGAAACUGAACAGAAAGAGAUAGAGAAGGAGGGCAUGGAGAAACAGUGGGAAAAGGCCGAGGAGGUGAAGAGGUUACCUCCAUGGACAAAGCAGAUAACAGUAAGGGGAGUCAUUGCCAGCAUUGUGAUAGGGAGCAUGUACAGUGUGAUAGCUACGAAGCUGAACCUCACCGCUGGGCUCACUCCUCAUCUCAACAUCUCCGCUGCCCUUCUCGGCUUUGUGUUCAUCCGGACAUGGACAAAGCUACUCCAGAGGACUGGUUUCUCGACAACUCCGUUCACCUGCCAAGAGAACACUAUGAUCCAGACAUGUUCAGUCGCAUGUUAUAGCAUUGCUGUUGGAGGGGGGUUCGGGUCUUAUCUUCUGGGGUUGAACAGGAAGACGUAUGAGCAGGCGGGGAUCGACACAGAAGGGAACUCACCAACUAGUAUCAAGGAUCCUGGGUUUGGCUGGAUGACUGGCUUCCUUUUUCUAGUUUGUUUUGUUGGCCUUUUUGUCUUAAUUCCUCUCAGAAAGGUCAUGAUAAUUGACUACAGAUUGACGUAUCCAAGUGGUACAGCAACUGCAGUUCUCAUCAAUGGUUUGCAUAGCCAAGAUGAUAAGCUGGCAAAGAAGCAGGUUCGGGGGUUCAUGAAGUACUUCUCCAUGAGUUUAUUUUGGGGGUUUUUCCAGUGGUUUUACUCAGGGAAAGAUGAAUGUGGAUUUUCGCAGUUCCCUAGUUUUGGAUUGCAAGCUUGGAAGCAAACGUUCUACUUCAAUUUCAGCAUGACUUAUGUGGGAGCAGGGAUGAUCUGUUCCCACCUUGUGAACUUGUCUUUGCUUCUUGGUGCUGUGCUGUCUUGGGGGCUAAUGUGGCCUCUCAUCGGUAAUCUUAAAGGCGAGUGGUUCCCCAAGAAUUUGCCAGACAGCAGUAUGAAGAGUCUAAAUGGUUAUAAGGUUUUUAUCUCAGUUUCUCUCAUCUUAGGUGAUGGACUCUACAAUUUCGUCAAGGUUGUGUUUUUUUCGAUCACAAGUAUCUACGGUAGACUGAAGCACCAACACCAACGCCAGCGCCAGAACCUCAAAAUAGAUGUAGAUGGGCAGAGCAAGGUAAUUGAUGAUCUAAAACAAGAUGAAGUUUUCAUCAGAGAAAACAUUCCCCUCUGGAUAGGGGUCACUGGAUACAUCGUCUUUGCCAUUGUUUCUGUAACCGUGCUUCCAAUCAUGUUUCCGCAGCUAAAAUGGUACUUUGUUCUUGUAGCCUACAUCAUGGCUCCAUCUCUAGCAUUCUGUAACGCGUAUGGAACAGGUCUAACAGACAUCAACAUGGCAUAUAAUUACGGGAAGGUGGCACUGUUUAUGCUGGCUGCAUUGUCCGGCAAAGAGAAUGGAGUGGUGGCAGCGCUGGCAGGGUGUGGUAUCAUCAAAUCCGUCGCUUCAGUUUCUUGCAAUCUGAUGCAAGAUUUCAAAACGAGCUAUUUCACUAUGGCAUCUCCUCGUGCAAUGUUCUUGAGCCAGGCCAUCGGCACAGCGAUAGGCUGCAUCACGGCUCCUCUCAGUUUCUUCCUGUUCUACAGGGCGUUUGAUGUGGGAAACCCAAAAGGAGAAUACAAAGCUCCUUAUGCGCUAAUAUAUAGAAACAUGGCGAUCCUAGGGGUUGAGGGUGUGGCAGCUUUGCCACAGCAUUGCUUGCAGCUCUGCUACAGCUUCUUUGCCUUUGCGGUAGUAGUUAAUAUGGUUAAAGAUCUUUGCCCGCCUAAGAUCGGGAGAUGGAUGCCCCUUCCGAUGUGCAUGGCAGUGCCAUUUCUAGUCGGGGCAUACUUCGCUAUAGACAUGUGCUUAGGGACUUUGGUUGUGUUUCUGUGGCACAAGCUCGACACCAAUAAGGCUGAGUCAAUGGUUCCCGCCGUGGCUUCUGGUUUGAUUUGUGGAGAAGGGCUGUAUCCGGCAUCAAUACUUGCUUUAGCCAAAAUCAGUCCUCCAAUCUGCAUGAAGUUCUUGGCUUCAUAGAGGAAACUCCCAUAAAGAAAGGUUGUUGCAGGUGACGGCAAAUUCAAUUUAUUCUGCAAAUGAAUGUUUCAGUAUUAAGAAAUGGUUUACCCAAACCAUGGGACCCAAUAUUGUAUCAAGUUUCCUUUUCCUCCUUUUCUCUCGUCCA